AUGAAGAGUAUAUAUGAAAGCACUGAUAAUGAUGUAGGAGAUGUUCUUAGACUCUCUUUCUGUUCUUCCUUCCACUUAACAAUAUGUUCAACAAAUCAUCUUGUUAAAUUGAAGUACUCUUACCAUAUCCUUGUUAGUAUAGGAUAUAGAUCAGGACAAACUGAUUUGGGUUGGUUUUGUACUAUCCUAUCAUCAAUUAUGGGGGAUGGUUUGUCUUCCAGACUGAAGUUGGGCAACAUACAAUUUUCGCAAUACGGUAAGAGAAAGGAUGAUGGAUAUUCACCGUCUUACAAGGGAAAUCUAGAAGAGAGGUCUAAUGUAAUAGUUAAAGUUUAUGGAAUCGGAUACAUGCAUACUGAAUUUACUUCAAUGAUCAAAAUCAUGUCUGAGGAUGAUCACAGACUACUUGUUCAUGACUUUGUAGGAGACUAUACCCUGUUUGACUUGUUGUUUUCUAACUCAAUUGUUGAAGAUAUUGAGCUAGAUUGGCGUAGGAUUGUUCGUGGUCUUGAAUAUCUUCAUUUUGGAGCUAAUCCACCUGUUGUUCAUCGUGAUGUCAAGCCUAGCAGUAUAUUCGUGGAUUCGAGUUUUAAUCCUAAAAUAGCUGACUUUGAAAUAUCAUGUUAUGGUGAAUCUGUUGUUGAAACACCUGGCUACCUCGAUUCUGAAUAUUUUAGAAUAGGACAUUAUUCAGAGAAGACAGAUGUCUAUGGUUUUGGAAUCACUCUUCUUGACAUCAUUAGUGGUGUUUCGGUAAUGAAACGAGGAAGUGGAAAACACUUGAAAUAUCGUGAGUAG